AUGACGAACAAGUCUGACAACCAAUACCGCGAGAUCCCUUCUGAGAGUCCCCCGGCUUAUAACGAUGCGGUAGCUGGGCCUUCCAACGGAAUGUCAAAGCCGGGCCCUGUCGCGCCAAUGUCAACGACACCGUUGAUACAUCCUGCGACCACACCAGGAUCGCCAGACGGGCCUACGGUCUACCACUACCAGCACCCUGUUACGGGACACCAGAUAGUAUCACUGCUUCCUCCCGAUCACCCUCAGAUGGUCUGUCUGCAGCGUGGUCACCAUGACGUGGAAACCAAGUUUGGCUUGCUCGGCGUUCUCGCUGCAAUCUUCUGGUUCCCCCUCGGCGUCGGCCUUUGCCUGCUCGACCGUCGCGCGCGGUGCCGCAGCUGUGGCGAAGUGCUUGACACCGGGAUGUGCGGCUAA